AUCAGUUUUGACCAUUCCCAAAAAUCAACUGAAUCGGAAUCAUAUCCACAACACAACUAAAUCACCCAGUAAGCCCACCAAAGUCUUUCAACAUGGGCAUCACCCAUUCCACUGCGCGCAUCGUCGCACCCGUCUCCUUCUUAAUCGACUUCGCCGCCCAACAAUACGGCAUGCUCUCUACACCCAACAUGAAAGACAUCCAUGACGCGAACCUCAGUUUCUGGUCACCCCAGCCAUAUUUCAUAGCCGCAUUCUUCUUUCCGCAGCAGUUGUUCCAGCUGGCUUGGUUGUAUAGGCUAUGGAAGCUAGAUGGGAGUAAGAGUGCCAAGGAGAAGAAGGAGGUCGAGAUCAUGACGAGUUUCGUGCCGUAUUAUGUGGUCGGGAAUUUGUGUAUCGCUUCCUGGAUGAUAUUCUGGAACUCCUCGGCCCUAAAAACAGCCAACGUCUUCGUUCUAAUCAACUCCAUCACCCAACUGACCUACAUCUUCACCCGUCUCCCACCCAUGAACACACGCUCCACCUCGUCCGUCCUAACACACAUCGUGUCUAAAACCUUCGCGGGAAUCGGCGUUCUGGACAUGCUCCAUAACGGCUCCGUUGCGUAUUUCGAUCAUCAGGGUCCAAACUUGGCGGUCAAGGUGAUUACUGGUGUGGGAUUUGCGGCGUUGGCGGGUGCGAGUGAUUGGAUUUUUGGAGGCUGUCUGGCGUAUGAUCUUGUUGCUCUGGCGGUAGGACAGAGAGGGAUUGGGGAGACGGGUUGGAGUAACCUUUUGGGGAUGUAUGCUGUGGGCACGGCGGGGAUUGUGGCAGCUAGGAAUUUGGCGAGGUAGGUUGUUGCUUGCGUGUCUGGCCGCCAUAUAUAAGUCAAGAUGAGGGUGGAUAUGAGGAGGCUGCUACUGAGGACGAUGCGUUGUGAAGCCCAUUUAAAGUAGGGGUUUCUGAGUCGAUGGAGUUAGAGUAUGGAGACCACAAACUGUAGACAGAAUCAAGGGAUAAAUUGUAAUUUUCUACUUGGUCAGAUCAUGACCAGUGCAUUUGAGCUCCAAAUUAGCGAGCCUCUGCAGUCAACAUUGGUGCAAGAGACAUGCCUUUAGCGCAAAGGGAAAGAAUAACAAUAUGUAUGUGGCGGGACUAUGCCAAAGCCAAUUAUAUAAACGUACAUAUUACACAACGUAUAGUAUUUACAAAACCUAUCAAGGCUGGAAAAUCAGACAAUACUUGUAAACCUCUUUCCAAAUCCUCGAAUUUUGAGCUGUGAUGUGUGGACCACGCCAUGCGGAUGAUAUUCUCCUUCCGUUUUGCUUUUUGAGAUAACCCCAGAAACUCCUGCCCGCAGUAAAUGCUACAAAAUAAAGCGAAGUUGUUUAUUAAAACCAGGUAAGAAGAAAAAGAAGAAGAACAGAGAGUGCGCUCGGCUUGUCCUAUCCAUGCCCUGGAAAUGCACUGGUGCCGUACUGUACACCUCUUCACUAGAGUCAAAAUCUUCUGCUGUCAAACUGAAAUACGAUGCAAAUGACCAACCGCCUAAUCGUCCCUCUCCAACAACGGCCUUGAAUCUCUCGACUCGGUCCUUGCGUGUCCAUUCUCGACUGCAACUUCCCCCGUCACACCCACAUCUCUAUAAAUAAAGAAUUGCGCAAAGAUGCCCAUAUCCAAGAAGAGCGUCCCCAAACUCCCC